AUCGCUAAUGUACCGGACCGUUUCGUUGGAAUUAAUGAAGGCCUAGUCAGUUGUUAAAAAAAUUGUAAUACGAAGUGUUGAAGGUCCAUCCGUCAGAUCCGAUCACCAAGUCCUCCAUCAUGGUGACAACGAUUCUUUACACGGUGAUUGUUUACUUUAAUAAACAGCAACGGCAGAUAAUAGCGUGCUAUCCGCGUCAUGACACGCACCAUCACCGAGAUAUUGUGAUAUCAGCGAUGCAAGACUUAACGAGCAUUGAGGAGGACCGAAUAAGCAUCACUCGUGACAAAUUCACAGUUCACUUGCUGUUCGGAGAACUGUGGUACGCCUGCUUGACGCCAAUAGAAGGAUCACCUGUCGAGGCGUCACAAGUUGCAUUUGAAGUUCAGGAGUUCUUGAACCACGUAAAAUGUGUCUAUCGAGAGCUGCCCAUCCUGGCGGAUCUGUCGAAGGACUUGCCCAACAAUUCGGUGGGCUAUCUCUCCCGCCCGUUGGGCAAGAUUAUGGAAGAAUACGGACAUGAGACUAUCCUCAAUAUAACUCCGAAAGUCCAACAGGAGCUGCAGGAUAUUCGAACGAUUUUGCUGGAUUCCGUGCAGCAGAUCAUCGACAGGGGUGAAAGGCUCGAUGAGUUGGUGAAGAAGGCACAGACUUUGGAGAUUACGGUGCGAAAAGACUUUCGAUUAGCGACUAAAUCCACCAAAGACAAAAAGAAAAGCUGCUUCGCUCUAUUCGCAACCACUACACUCUUCAUAUCUAGUCUUGCAUUCGCAAUUCUCUUGUACAUCGAAAUAUUUUCAUAAUCCUUUGUUUUUUGUAAACAAAUUAAAGAUGUUAUGGAAAAUGAGUUUAAUAAAUU